CAUAUUCUACCAAUUUCCCCAAAUCAUUAUUAUCAAUAAUUCAUUCAUUCAUUGCUAGCUCUUCUUCUCCUUUUAUCUUUUUUUACGGCUUCUGGUUUUACAGAUUAGGUGCUUCAUUCCUCAGCAGUGUCGGUAACAUAAUUAUUUACUCAACUGGAUAAACCAACCGACGGGUUUGGACGAUCGAGCUCAUCCGCUAGCCAUGCUCCACCGAAUUGUUUCCUUUCUUUUGAUUCUCGUUCUUAUUUUGUACUUCUCUUCGUUGGGAGUUUCGCAGUUCAAGUUACCGCAAGCAGAAGUGGUUGCUCUUUACCAAAUUGCUACUACAAUGGGUGCAAAUAACUGGAGCUUCGAUCAUAAUACAUGCCAACUUUCAUCGGUGGGGUUGAUGCCUGAUCCAGAUUUAGACGAAAGCACAGUCACUUGCUCGUGCAACGUGGGAUAUGACCGAUAUUGCCAUGUUGUAAAGAUUGUUCUUAAGCAUACCAACCUUCCCGGCAUUCUUUCACCAGAGAUGGCUAAGCUUCCAUAUCUGCAAGAAGUUGAUUUUGCAUAUAAUUACCUCAGUGGUACAAUUCCACCGGAAUGGUCUUCCAUGCAAUUAAAUAGGAUCUCACUUUUGGCAAACCGCUUAUCAGGAGAAAUUCCAAAGCAUCUCUCAAGAAUGCCCACACUCACAUACUUGAUGCUUGAAGCAAACCAGUUUUCUGGCAGUGUUCCUCCUGAACUUGGGAAGAUGGUUAACUUGAAAACUUUAUGUUUGUCUUCCAACCAAUUAAGUGGAGAGUUGCCAUCUUCCUUAGCUUACUUGGAAAAUCUGGAAGACUUUAGAAUUAAUGACAACAAUUUCAGCGGAAGAAUACCUAAUUUUAUACAGAACUGGAAAAAUCUGAAUAGACUAGAACUGAUUGCAUCGGGACUGGAAGGACCCAUUCCAUCCAACAUAUCUGUUCUGACCAAGUUAACGGACUUGAGGAUAGCCUACAUAACAGGAGCAGCUCAGGAAUUCCCCGAUCUAAGAAAUGUUACUGGCUUAAUAAAUUUGAUUUUGAGAAGCUGCAAUCUUCUUGGAGGAAUUCCGUACUACAUUUGGAAAUUGGACAGCCUAAAUUUAUUGGAUGUUAGUUUCAAUCAAUUAACAGGAGAGAUACCAAGUGCUGUACGCGGAAAGAGUCUUAAGUUUAUGUUCUUAACUGGCAACAUGAUCUCCGGAAGCAUAUCUGAGUCUCUGUUGAAGGGUGGAAGUAGCAUUGAUCUGUCUUACAAUAACUUUAAAUGGCAAAACACUCAACAACCUGCUUGUCGGGCGAAUGGGAAUUACUAUAUAAAUCUAUUCAGAAGCUCUUCAGAAAAUUCACUGAGGAGUAUUCUUCCUUGUAACGAAGAUUUCACCUGUCCAAGUUAUGGGUGUUCUAUGCAUAUUAAUUGUGGAGGAAGUGAUUUAAUUGUCAAAGAGACUACUAAGGAUGUUCUGUAUCAAGGAGACGGAGAUGUUUCAGGUGGUGCAGCAAAAUAUUACAUCAAUACCACUAGCAAGUGGGGGUUCAGUAGCACCGGAGAUUUCUUAGAUGAUAAUGAUUUCCAAAAUACACGUUUCACUAAAGAUUCACAAUCACCAAGCAUAUCUGACCUGUACAAGACAGCUCGCAUCUCUCCUCUUACUCUCACAUACUUCAGCUAUUGUUUAGAAAAUGGUGAUUAUAAUGUUAGGCUCUACUUUGCUGAAAUCUUUUUCACAAAUGAUAAUUCGUCCCAAAAACUUGGUAGGCGUCUGUUCGAUAUUUAUAUACAGGAUAAAUUAGUCAUAAAGAAUUUUAAUAUUGAAGAUGAGGCUGGUGGUGCGCAGAAAGAGCUUAUUAGAAAUUUCAAUGCCACCGUGGAAGAUAAUAUCCUACAAAUUCGAUUUUACUGGGCUGGCAAGGGAACUACCCGCAUUCCUGAUAGAGGAAUUUAUGGCCCUUUAAUAUCUGCUAUUUCAGUUAAUCAUCAUUUCAAAAUCUGUUCAGAGGAUUCAGGUCAAAAGAAAGGAAGAAAGAAGAAUGUUACUGCAUUUAUUGUAACAGGUUGUGUGGCAUUCCUUGUAAUACUCUUAGCCGGCUUUAUCAUAUAUUGGAAACGCCACAAGACUGAAAAAAAGAUAAAUAAAGAUUUAGAAGGUCUAGAGUUGCAAAUACGUUCAUUCACUCUGAAGGAGAUUAAAUCCGCCACCAACAACUUUGAUUGCAAGAAUAAAAUUGGAGAAGGUGGUUUUGGUCCUGUUUAUAAGGGUUACUUGUCAGACGGCACUCUCAUUGCUGUCAAACAACUAUCCUCCAAAUCAAAGCAAGGGAAUCGCGAAUUUUUAAACGAGAUCGGUAUGAUAUCACGCCUGCAACAUCCGAACCUCGUUCACCUCCAUGGAUGCUGUAUAGAAGGGGAUCAAUUACUUUUGGUGUAUGAAUUCAUGGAGAACAAUAGCGUUGCUCAUGUUCUGUUUGGAGAUAGAAAUGAACCAAUAUUGGGUUGGUCAACAAGGUUUAAGAUCUGUGUUGGGAUUGCUAAAGGUCUAGCCUUUAUGCAUGAAGAAUCAACACUUAAGAUCGUUCACAGGGAUAUUAAAGCUACUAAUGUGCUUCUCAGCAAGGAACUAGAUCCCAAGAUUUCUGAUUUUGGAUUGGCAAGGCUUAAUGAAGACGACAGGACUCAUGUUAGCACCCGAGUAGCCGGAACUAUAGGAUAUAUGGCACCGGAGUAUGCACUUUGGGGUCACUUGUCGUACAAAGCAGAUGUAUAUAGCUUUGGAGUAUUGCUCCUCGAAAUCGUUAGUGGGAAGAACAACAAUAAUUUCAUGCCAGAUGAUGGGAAUUUCGUCUGUCUGUUAGAUUGGGCUUGUCACCUUGAACAAAAGGGAACAUUAACAAAGCUUGUGGAUGAGAGGGUUGGAUGGAAUUUCGACAAGGAAGAAGUUGAACGUGUGGUAAAAAUAGCAAUUUUAUGCACAAAUGGAUCUCCUUCUCUAAGGCCUAUGAUGUCGGAGAUUGUUGGCAUGCUGGAAGGGCACUCGCCCAUUCCCGAUGUAACUCCGGGAUCAAGUUCCUUUUCGGAAGACUUGCGAUUUAAAUCCAUGAGAGACCUUCAACAGGAAAAGCAGAGUAAGCAAUCCACAGACAAUGCUUGUUCUUCUAGCUCCAACAAUUUCUCAUCAUGCAGCAGAUGAAGAUUUAAUAAACCUUUUGUGUUGUUAUUUUAUUACAUAUCAAAUCAAAUUAUUUGUAAUUUUACUAUUUAGCUCAUAUUACUUAGGCUAACACACCAAAAUUAUUUCAAUUUUAUUCGCCAGUUAAAUGAGACUCGAAUUUUAA